AGGAUUUUAGAGCUACAGUGCUACUUAUAUCUCAGUCCGAAUCAGUAGCUCAACCCCCAUUGCUUUCUAUGCAACCGGCUGCUCAAUUGAUCACGGUCUAUCAUUUUCCAACAACGCUGAUGGCUUCCCGCCUCCUGCGUCUGCUUCUUCUUCUGGCGACGCUUCUGAACUUCAGCUUCGGCCGUGACUUCAACGUCACGCGUAGCCGCAAGGCGAUUGAAAUCGGAAUCGGGAUCGGAAUCGGAAUCGGCACCGGAUCCGGCUGUUCCAACGGGGACAUAACGCGGGAAUGCUUCCAGAACGACCGGCUGUACAACGCCUACCUCGUAAUCCAGCGAUUCAAGAGCACGAUCACCUGCGACCCGCAGGGCAUCACCGACACGUGGUCGGGCACCGACAUCUGCGGGAAGAAUUCCUACGUCGGAUUCUACUGCACCACGCCGCCGGGAUUGGUAAACACGCCGACGGUCGCCUCCGUCGACUUCAACGGAUACCGGCUGGCCGCCCCCACCGUCUGCGGAUUCGUCGACCAGUUGACCGACCUCGCGCUCUUCCACGCCAACUCCAACAACUUCUCGGGCACGGUGCCCAACCUCAGAGGCCUGCAGUACAUCUACGAGCUCGACUUGAGCAACAACAAGCUCACCGGCAAUUUCCCCGCCGACGUCCUCUCCCUCAACAACGCCACCUUCCUCGACAUCCGCUUCAACGGCUACGUCGGCCCAGUCCCCGCGCAGGUCUUCAAGCUCAGCAUGUUACAGGUCCUCUUCCUGAACAACAACAACUUCACGGGGCAGCUCCCCGCGGAACUGGGCUUCACCCCGGCGCAGUACCUCACCCUCGCCAACAACAAGUUCACCGGGCCGAUCCCGAGCUCAAUCGUCCAUGCGGCCAACACGCUCCUCGAAGUGCUCUUCCUGAACAACCAGCUCUCCGGCUGCCUCCCCUUCGAGAUUGGCCUCCUGAAAAAGGCGACCGUGUUCGACGCCGGGACGAACCUGCUGACCGGCCCGAUCCCGCUGUCCUUUGGGUGCUUAAAGAAGAUCGAGCAGCUCAACCUGGCGGACAACAAGCUCUACGGCGAGGUGCCGGACGUGCUGUGCAGGCUGGGGAUCCCCGGGGCUGGCAACCUGAUGAACUUAUCGCUGUCUGACAACUACUUCACGUCGUUGGGGCACAGCUGCUGGAUUUUGUUAAAGAAAGGGGUGCUGGACGUGCGCAAGAAUUGCAUUCCGGGAGUUCUGGACCAGAGGUCGCCGGAGGAGUGCAAGUGGUUCCUAUGGCAGAAAAAGUACUGUCCGCUGAACACGUAUAUACCGUGCCAAUCCCCGUGGCCCGAGGGUGCGGAUCAGCUCAAUUCCAAGGGGGCGGCGGCGGCGGCGGCGGAGGCAAUGCCGGUGGCGGACGGGGCCCGCGAUCGGAGCCGGGCGUCGGGGUACACUACCUACUCCGCGCUGCACCAGAAUCCAAAGCCAUGAGUAAGAAGAGGAUUGGUUCGAUGUGGCUAUGCGUGUCAAGUUUAAUUCCAAGUGUAUAUGCAUUUGUGUGUCCAUUUGGCCGUGGUCUGAGUUUCAUUGCUCGUACGUUUCUCACUUCCACUCCACAUCAUCCUCCGCUUUAUCUGCAUUGUCACUGUUUUUGGCAUCAUUGUCUUGAUCUUCUUUCUUUCUUUCAUUGUCUCCCUUCUCUAAUUGUCUGUCGAAAUUAAUGUGACAAGUGAAUAAAUCUUACUGUUCCCAAGUGUUGGAAAAAAUUAA